AUGACUGUUAAAAUUGUUGGAAUGGUUUAAUGUCUUUUGAUUUGGCAAAAAUAAAAUUUAUUACAAAAUUUAUGUAUAAGGAACUUUAUUAAAAGAUAUGGAUGUAUUCUAGCAAUAUCAGAGAAAAAUUUAGAUAGAGAAAUUAAAAUUUUAAAUUUAAACUUUAUUUCAAAUAAUGGAACUAAAGGAACAGAAGUUUAAGUUUAAAAUUUAAGAAUUUCUAUGCAAAAUUCUAGAAUAAUUAAUAAUUUUGCAUUUGACAGAGGAGAAGGAAUUAAUUUUAACCUAAAUUCUAAUAGAUUUUUACUAAAUUAAAUCAUAAUUUGCUAGAAUUCAGCCUUAGAAAGAAGUGGCAUAUUUCUGUAGGGAAAUAGCAGUUUAAAUCUAGAAAAUUUUUCUUAAAUCACUUAAUUUAUAUCAUUCUGCUACUUUAUCUUCAAUAAUAUAAAUGAGUGA